AUGUUAUAAAUAUUCUAAAAUUUCAAUAAUUAAUUGUUGAUUAUUAUUAUCAUCAAGAGAUAUAUCGAAAUGAUAUUAUCGAUUAGCGAUUAUCGAUAGUUGCUAAAGAUGAGUGACUAUUAGAGACAACUUUAUUGGUUAUAGGUUAUAGUUUUUCAAUCCGAGGCUUUUGAGUUUAAAUUGUGAUAUUAUUUUAUUAUAGCGUUCUUUUAAUUGUACUGAUGAUAAUAUAAUAAUAAAGUGAUUGUUUGAUUCGACUUAUUAAUUAAUCGUAGAAAUUCAGUUAUGUCGACGAAUGAAGAUAACAUAAAUACCAAAAUAAAUACAGAUGGAAAGAAUAAAGAAACAAUAUUUUGCACUUUCUGCCCAUCCAAGAUACUUAAUGUAGGAGCGGCUACUUUUAUUAUAAUGGAGUUUGCUCUACCACACAUACAUUCCAAGGGAGAAGGAGAAGGCAAUCAACAAGAAACAAUAACAGAAUAUUGGUUAAUUGAAGAUAUGUACACGUUUGAAAAUAUUGGAGUAUCUCAUACAGUAGGAAAUAUAAAAUAUUUAGCGUGUGCAGAUUGUGAAAGAGGUCCAAUAGGUUGGCAUGAUUUAGCAACGAAGAAAUCUUAUAUCGCUUUAUCUAGAGUUAAACACGAAUAAUUCAUUUGUAAGUUUGAUUUUUAUAAUUUUAUAAAACAAAAACAGAAUUAACAAGUAUUCUGGUUGGCCUAUACAAAAUGUGACUUUAUAAAAGAAUAUUUACCAAAGACAAUGACGAUUGAUUAUUAUUUAAACUAAUUAAAAGUGUCUAUUGUGGAAAGGGGAAAAAGAAUAUAAAUAUGUAUAUGUAUAUAUUUAUAUAUAUAUACACACAUGUAUGCGUAUAUCCAUUUAUGCAGUAUAUCCAUUAUAUUUAAUAUUAUCGUUGUCUUUAUAUGUGAAAGAAAUUAAUAUUAAUAGGAGCUAUAAGAUUGUAUAAAGUAAAAAGAUAUUAAAUUUUUCUUUUGUAUGUAAAUUUUCGAAAUAAAAGUACA